CUGCGGUGCAGGCUAUAUUCAGCAUCGUGGACCAGACCCCGUCAGGUCACUAUGUUGACGAGUUGCUCUGGCCGCUCAUGCGCUGCUCAGUGUUUUCCUGUUCCAGAAAGCCUUCUCGAAGAGGCUGCAGUGCAGCCUUAUGUUCACAACUGUUUCGUGAAUGUGUGGGAAGGGAGAUACAUCCAUCGAUUCUGCAUCUUCUUC